UCAUUAUAAUCAUUUACAAAUUGUCAAUACAACAUUUUGGAUUUUAUUCCUUAAAUCAUAGUAUAUUUUCAAUUUUAUAUAGCUUUGGCGUACAACAGUGUUCAUUUAUCGGCCUUCAUUGGACAUAAUAUAGCGCUCCCGGUGGCGAUGACUGUCUGUAAAAGAAUGUUCAAUGUUCCAAACAAGUGACGACACCCCAUAAAUUCACCUAGGGUUGGUGGCAAACCAGUACAGUGUUAUAAAUCUCAAGGCCACCACUUCCACUUCCACCGUCUGAAUCGUUCACAGCACGAUGUAGAGAAGAUAUAAUAAUACAUUUUCGUAUAACAACUUAAAGUAAAAUAGGCCUCCAGGCGAAUAGUGGCGUACUCUGUUGAGAGAUUUCCGAACUCCUGGUUUGCCGAACAUUUUGGCAUCCAUUUUUUUUACAUUGUGAGAUAGGGAAGGGGUAUCACCUUAUCUUCUCUAGUCAUUACAUCGUGGUACACAGUCAACUACUGCGGUAGUUGCAGCCCACCACUAGCCCUGGUAGUUCGUGUCGUGUCCACUACGUUCGUUUCGCCUCGAUCCGGUUUUCGUCAAUUCAUAGUUCGCUGCUCAGUCAUCACUAGUCACCCUUACGGGCUAGACGGUGGUUGUUCAAUUCUCUCUGUAACCUCUAUAAUGGAUCCUAUUAUGAAUUCGCAACCUAUAGAAGUCAUCGACACGAAUGGAUUUAAUAAGUUUAAAUAUCCAGCAAUUGUACAUAAUGGGUACCUGUACCAUUUCCACAAAAAAUGCAAGCGUCACCUCCGAUGGAGAUGUUGCCGUCGAUUAUCUUGGAAAUGCCCGGCUGUGCUCAGAAUGACCAGGGGUAUGUCAGAAAUAGCACACAUCACCGUCGACCACGAACAUAUUCACGCGAACGACUUGGACGCAAUCGAAGCAUUUAAAAAUGUAAUAAAUAAACACAAACAAUCGUCCUUAUCCAGUAAAAAUAAGUGUUUUAAACCAAAGGAUUUGAACAAAUUUUUUCUAACUAACUCAAAAGAUACAAUUUUCAAUUUUGAAAAUAAUCCGCUCAAUAAAUUAGAACAAAAAAAUAACAAAAAUCAACUCAAAAACGUAAAUCAAAUUUGUCGGGCAACAUUACCAAAUGAACAUAAUAUGACCAUCAAUAAUAAUAAAAACAAAAAUAAAUUUUCUUUAAGAAAUAAUAUAAACAAAAGAAAUUAUAUUUUGUCUAAAAAUAAUCAGAUAGAAAAAAAUGCUUUGAUUAGAAGAAGAAAAAAAAAUGUAUAUAUGCCAAUUGCUAACACACGCACAUUCAAAAGAUCUUUGACUACGAAUACAAACAAGAGAAAAAAUAUUAAGACUACUAAUAAACAAAAAAUUAAAAGUACAUUAAUCACAAAUGCAUGUAGCCAAACAAUUCCUUCAAAAGUUAAACCAAGAAAAAACACUUCUAAAUUUACAAAUAAAAAUUUACCUAUAAAUACAACUACUUCUACAAGUACACCUGUACUUAAAAGUAUAUCUACAAUUGGAAGUUUACCUUCAAUUAAAGUUCCAUUUAAUAUGAUUGAAAGCCAUUUGAACAAGAAUAUUGAUAAUGAAAAUGAAAGUAUUAGUGAUAGUGACGACAAUAAUGAUGAUGAUGAUGAUGAUUCUAUUUUUGGUUCUGAUGGAGUUAAUUAUAAUACAGUUAUCAAUGAUAAUGAUGACGAAGAAAAUAAUAUUAAAUUUGUGCAAGAUGAUUGUAUGUCAAACAACUAUAAUAAAGAAAAUUGGCCAACAAUUUUAAAAAAACUGAGUGAUCCUUCGACAGGAAUUAAGGUAUUAGAAGGUAUUUUAUUGCGCAAAGCAUUAAUUCAAAUGAUGCAAGGAAAUAAUAUUAAAUUUGUGCAAGAUGAUUGUAUGUCAAACAACUAUAAUAAAGAAAAUUGGCCAACAAUUUUAAAAAAACUGAGUGAUCCUUCGACAGGAAUUAAGGUAUUAGAAGGUAUUUUAUUGCGCAAAGCAUUAAUUCAAAUGAUGCAAGGAAAUAAUAGAACUAAUAGAGAAGUUCUGAUAUUAAAACACUACAGCUGCAGUAUUGAUAAUUUGAAACAUAAGUAUGAUCGUUUGCUGCAAAAAGUAAAAACAUUAAAAAAUAGUCUAAAAAGUGAUAGAAAUAUGAGACGUACUAGUGUUUUAAAUAAAAAAGCAAAGCAGUUCGAUAACAAUACAGAGUAUCAUAACGUGGACUCACUGAAUCGGGUACAAGUCAACGAUGAAGCCAAAAUCGACGGGGAAGAUGAAAAACAUAAUAGACCCACCCGGACAAGACGACAGCCAGCGCGUCUAUCAAUUUAUCACUUAUACAGUGAUAGUGACUAGAGAUGGGAACCACAGUAAAUUUAAUUGAUGAUCAAAUAUUGCAAAGGACAUUCAGAGAAAAUUCAUCCACUGAACUGUAGAUAUUUUUUAAUGAAUAAAGCGAACACUAAUCAGAAGACUUAAGGUAUAUUAAAAUUGCAAUUUAACAUUGAA